AUGGCAGCUCUAUACCAGAGCACCGACUCUUCCUCUCCAAAUAAAUUCUUGGCUUUAAAAGACGUCAGAGAAGUAAAGGAAGAAACCACCUUGGAUGAGAAGCUCUUCUUGCUGGCCUGUGAAAAAGGUGACUAUUAUAUGGUUAAAAAGCUCCUGGAGGGGAAAACAGUUCCGACGAGCUGAAUAUUAAUUCAGUGGAUGUCUUAGGAAGAAAUGCUAUUACAAUUUCUAUUGAGAAUGAGAACUUGGAUAUACUACAACUUCUUCUAGAUCAUGGCUGCCAGUCCACAGAUGCACUGCUGGUGGCAAUUGACUCUGAAGUGGUAGGAGCUGUGGACAUCCUACUUAAUCAUCGUCCAAAAUGGUCUACAAGACCAACUAUUGUGAAACUCAUGGAGCGUAUACAGAACCCAGAGUAUUCUACUACUAUGGAUGUGGCCCCUGUCAUUUUAGCUGCUCACAGAAACAACUAUGAGAUUCUAACGAUGCUUUUGAAACAAGAUGUGUCCCUCCCAAAACCUCAUGCUGUGGGCUGCGAGUGUACCCUGUGCACUGCUAAGAACAAGAAGGACAGUCUAAGGCACUCCAGGUUUCGACUUGAUAUUUAUCGAUGUUUGGCCAGUCCAGCUUUGAUUAUGCUAACAGAAGAAGAUCCUAUAUUGCGAGCAUUUGAACUCAGUGCAGACUUAAAGGAGCUUAGUCUUGUAGAAGUGGAAUUUAGGAAUGAUUAUGAAGAGCUUGCUCAGAAGUGUAAGACCUUUGCAAAGGACUUGCUGGCUCAGGCUAGGAACUCAAGGGAACUCGAAGUGAUCUUGAAUCAUCAGUCUAGUGAUGAACCGGUGGACAAAAGGGGGCUUCUAGAGGAGCGCAUGAAUCUGAGCCGACUGAAGCUGGCAAUCAAGUACAAUCAGAAAGAGUUCGUAUCUCAGUCCAACUGUCAGCAGUUCCUCAACACUGUCUGGUUUGGGCAAAUGGCAGGCUAUAGGCGAAAACACACGUGCAAGAAAAUACUAAUUGUCCUCACUGUGGGCAUAUGCUGGCCAGUUCUGUCUCUGUGCUAUCUCUUUGCCCCCAAGUCACAGGUUGGACGUAUGAUCCACACACCUUUCAUGAAAUUUAUCAUACAUGGGGCCUCUUACUUCACAUUCCUGCUGCUUCUCAACCUGUAUUCCUUAGUCUACAACGAGGACAAAAAGAACACAAUGGGGCCAGCAUUAGAGAGAAUUGACUAUCUGCUCAUCAUAUGGCUCAUUGGUAUGGUUUGGUCAGAUGUGAAACGUCUCUGGUAUGAUGGUCUGGAAGAUUUCCUGGAAGAAUCUCGGAACCAGCUCAGCUUUGUGAUGAAUUCCUUGUACCUGGCAACCUUUACUCUGAAAAUUGUGGCUCACAGUAAAUUUCACCACAUUGCAGAAAGGAAGGACUGGGACGCUUUCCAUCCAACUCUAGUGGCUGAGGGCCUGUUUGCUUUUGGCAAUGUGCUGAGUACCUACGUUUGUUCUUCAUGUACACAACUAGUUCAAUCCUGGGCCCACUGCAGAUAUCCAUGGGUCAAAUGUUACAAGACUUUGGCAAGUUCUUGGGAAUGUUCCUCCUUGUGCUGUUUUCCUUCACUAUUGGUCUAACCCAGCUAUAUGAUAAAGGAUAUACAACCAAUGAAUCAAAGGACUGUGUUGGAAUCUUCUGUGAGCGACAGAGCAAUGACACUUUCCACUCGUUUAUUGGGACAUGCUAUGCUCUGUUCUGGUACAUCUUCUCACUGGCACAUGUAGCGCUCUUUGUAACCAGAUUCAGUUACAAUGAGGAACUUCAGUCAUUUGUGGGAGCACUGAUUAUUGGAACCUACAAUGUGGUGGUGGUGAUUGUACUUACCAAGCUUCUGGUGGCCAUGCUGCACAAAAGCUUCCAACUUAUAGCUAAUCAUGAAGAUAAAGAGUGGAAGUUUGCCAGGGCCAAGCUGUGGCUCAGCUAUUUUGAUGACAAAUGCACUCUUCCUCCACCUUUCAACAUUAUUCCUUCUCCCAAGACUAUUUGUUAUUUGUUCAACAGCCUGAGCAAGUGGAUCUGCUCUCAUACUCCAUCGGGAAGAGUCAAACGGCAGAACAGCCUCAAGGAAUGGAAAAGUCUCAGGCAGAAGAGAGAUGAGAACUAUCAGAAGGUCAUGUGCUGCUUGGUGCAUCGUUACUUGACUUCAAUGAGGCAGAAGAUGCAAAGCACUGACCAGGCCACAGUGGAAAACUUAAAUGAACUCCGUCAGGAUCUGUCCAAAUUCCGCAAUGAGAUGAGAGACCUACUUGGAUUCCGGACCUCAAAAUAUGCAAUGUUUUAUCCGAGGAACUAG